AUGUUGCUGCACAUGAUACAAUGUAAGUGCAUGACAGGUUGUAGCACCGGAGCUUGCAGCUGCAAAAAAGCAGGACUCCGGUGUUCAGCCAUCUGCAAGAAUUGUGCAGGAAAUGCUUGUGAGAAUUCGCCUGAAACCGAACUAAACGAGGAAGAUACCGACAUUGAGUGCGACGAGGAGGUCGUCAUGGAUGAGACCAUUGCUCAGGACGAAGAUGCCGACCUGCCAUUGGGAACAACAAAACAGAGUUUGAUAUCUCCCAAAAUAACCAUUGCAGAACUGAAUAUAGCUGAAGAAGAACUCAGUGGGCCAUGUGCCGACUUCAAAAUCGGAGAUGACGAUUUACAAACCUACGACUUCAUCAGACAAUUCCGCCUGGAUCUUCUGGAAACUCAAGCUAGAAGAGUGCCUAAAACAACUUGGCAUUUCAUACGAGUGAAUGACCUUGAACUGCAGCCACAGUUCUUAAUCUCUUUCAAUCCAAUCAAUCAAACCAUUGAAUUUUCUAUCACUAACUACGAAGGGGAACUUCAAACUGUCGAGUUUGGUCAUCCACAGGUUUUUGAUAAGAAUUGGCAUAAAAUACACUUUGGAGUGUCCAGGGAAAACGUCAUGUUAUACGUGGAUUGCAGAAAUCUAUCGCAAGUUCUUCUACAACCCAGAGGCCAAAUAGACGUGAACGGUCAAAUUUCUGUUUCAAAAGUUCAAAGAAGUAGAGAAACUUUUCCCAUUGAUCUACAAUGGAUGGUCAUGAGCUGCGAUCCAACUAGACCUGAAAGAGAGCGUUGCAAUGAACUUCCAAAAGUGCGACCUGUCGUACCAAUUAUAUUACCUGGACCAACUCCUUCACCAGAUCUGACUUGUGACGUUGUUUGUCCAAGAGGUCCUCCUGGCUUCAAUGGGACUAAUGUAUGUACUUUCAUCAACUAUACGGUUUUCCUGGAUUACCUGGAGAAACGGGGCCACAAGGAAUACCAGGAAGAGCAGGACUUCCAGGACCUAGAGGGAUCACCUGGAUUGCAAGGGCUCCCUGGAAUGAGAGGAACACAAGGUUUAACCGGAAAUAUUGGAAUUCCCGGUAAGGAUGGUUUGCCAGGCGUAAAAGGAGAUAUGGGCGCUACUGGUUCGCAAGGAUCCAAAGGAGACAGAGGAACUGAUGGUAUUCCAGGCACUCCUGGAGAUCAAGGGCCACCGGGACCGAGGGGACCACCUGGUGAAACGGUCACGAGUAAUGGUGAACUGAAACCAGGACGACAAGGUCCAAUGGGACCUAGAGGGCAACAAGGAUUACCCGGAGUGGAAGGUCCCAUGGGGCCAAGAGGACCUCCUGGUGAACGUGGAAGUGCCGGACGUGAUGGUAUAGAUGGACGUCCAGGUAUUCCAGGUCCUCAAGGGCUGCCUGGUAUCCCAGGAAUACCGGGAACACCUGGUUUGAAGGGAUCCAAAGGUGAUAAGGGCGACACAGGAGAGGAAGGGCAAAAAGGAGAUAGAGGAGAAAUUGGACUUCCUGGAAUAUCUGGCUUGGACGGUGCCAGGGGACCUCCAGGAAGAGAGGGCCAUCCAGGACCUGAGGGACCUAAAGGUGAAUUGGGAUUCAUAGGGGCUCCAGGACUUCAAGGACCCCCUGGUCUUGUAGGAUCACCCGGUCCAAGUGGUUCUCCAGGCAUACCAGGUACACCAGGUGCAAAAGGAGAUGCAGGUGAGCAGGGAACUCCUGGAUUGCCUGGAUCAGCAGCAGCCGCCGGAUUGCGAGGCUAUCCAGGUCCUCCGGGAGAGUCAGGGAGCAAGGGAAAUCAGGGUGAGAAGGGGGAACAUGGAUUCCCAGGAUUACCUGGUCCACCUGGCUUAACUGGCCUAGAUGGACGGCAGGGUCCUGAAGGAUUACCAGGAAAAGAUGGUGAACAGGGCCCUCCUGGACUCAGAGGAGAGCCGGGACCAAGGGGACCAGAAGGACCACAUGGUCAACCAGGAAAAGAGGGGGUUCCUGGAGUCGCAGGAAAAUUAGGGACCAAAGGCGAUCGGGGAGAGCAAGGUUUACAAGGACCAAUUGGACCUCGAGGAUAUCCUGGAAAUUCUGUGAGUAUCACUCUCAAGCUUCGAAGGAAAGACAGGCCCUCCCGGCCCACCUGGGCCUCCAGGACCGCCGGGGGACAACAGCGAUCGAGGUGCGGCCAGUCUUAUAGACGCAAUGGGGACACCAGGGGUAUACGGGCCAAGAGGACAUCCCGGAGCACCAGGAAUUGGGAGCAGCAGGUGAUAGAGGACCAGAGGGGCCGAGUGGAUUACCGGGAAUGCCAGGUAAAGAGGGACCUCCGGGAUUUCCGGGACCACCUGGACAGAGCGGACAACCUGGACUUCCUGGAAUAG